AUGCGUAUUCGUCAAUUCUUCUCCUCCGUCGACGAUCGUUAUGUCAAUAGUAUAUGGAACACGUCGUUAAAAACAGCGAUACAAGAAAUCCAAAAGAAGAACAACAGUGGUUUAAGUUUUGAAGAACUCUAUCGAAAUGCAUAUACAAUGGUGCUACACAAACAUGGAGAGAAGUUGUAUACAGGUACACGUGAUGUUGUUACAGAGCAUCUUGUACAAAAAGUUCGACAAGAUAUCGUUGAUUCGUUGAAUAAUAACUUUCUAUCAACUUUAAACUCAGCAUGGAAUGAUCAUCGAACAGCUAUGGUUAUGAUACGUGAUAUACUUAUGUACAUGGAUAGAGUUUAUGUCAGUGCACAAAAACUCGAACCUGUUUACAAUUUGGGUUUAAUCUUAUUUCGUGAUAAUGUCGUCCGUUAUGCACCUAUACGAGAUCAUCUGAGACAAACGUUGCUUGAUAUGGUCGCCAAAGAAAGACGUGGUGAAGUUGUAGAAAAGUAA